UUUUGUAGCCAGGGACUGAGUAUGGAUUUAUUUGAUGAACAUUAGUAAAAUUUUAAAUAAUAUUCCUGAACGUUCCACCAAUUGAACACAUAAAGUCUGAGUUGACUUUGGUGCUUGGACCCCUAAAUAUAAUAACUUUGAUAAUGUGGAAAAAGAUGUUUAACAGAACAGCUCUGGCUAUGUUGUAUAUAUAAUUUUGGGACAAGAUAUUCAUAUUAGAUCAAUAUAGCUCAUUAAAGCAAUAGCCAAAAACAAAAUAUUCACAAUGCUCCCUCUGAUCCCAAAUGUAGUCAGUUAGCUAAAUUUUGUUUCUUUAGUUUUGAACAAGAGCAACAAGGUUAAUGGAAAUAACUAGUACAGAUGGUGUAUAUCCACUAGUUUAGCAUGAUGGUAGCACUUGGAAAGACAUUGUUUAGCCCAGUAACCAUUUGUUACUCAGCAGGACAAGUUGUCAUUACAAUGAACUAAACUAAACUAAACUAAACUAAACUAAACUAAACUAAAAUGAACUUUGUGACACACCUCCUACCUGUUGCUGCAUUCACAUUUUAAACAGAAAAUAAGUUUAUACAAAUUUACCCCUGGGAUCAAUGAAAUAUAGGAAAUAUGCUUCUUUUUUGAUUAUGAUGUAGGGCCAAAUUUCGAUUUACAACACCCUAGAAGAGAGUCUCAUCACAUACACUAAACAGACAACUAUAUAGUAGCUACAGAAGAUUUACACACUCUUGCAGAUGGAUUGCAGAAGUAUGUCUUAUGUAAACACGUGUAUAUUAAAUUCAGUUUUGGCUUGGGUUAGUAACUUGUCCAGUUGUACCAGGACAUUCGGUCUCAGGUGUAAUAACCUUCGUGUAUUUCUAACCACUCAGGAACUGUCUACCUACAGAUUACUGGUUAAUUACAUAUUAAUACUAAACCAUCUGGUUUUCUUGGGUUAGCAUUUUAUGACAGAAAUUUGGUAAAAGAACUCUAAGUUAGAUUUUAAAAUGCCAGGAUACAGUUGUGUAUGCACACAUGCCAAAACUGAAGUUGACACAUAUUUUUUAUAAGCUGUAAUUCAUCUGUAGGAUUAAUAAUAUCUGCAGUAAUUACAUUAUUGUAGCGCAUACAGUUUAUGUGUAACCACACAGGUAUUAGAGACGUAGAAAGUGAGACCGUUUUUCACAUGACUGAUUAACUUUCCUUGGACUAUGCAUGAGACACAUCGUGUGCUAAGAUCAAACGUAACGCCCACUUUUUGUAAAUAAUUUAACGGACGAUACAGUGGAUAUAUAAAAUCUACACAGCACUGUUAAAAAUUGCAGGUUUUUGUGAUGUAAAAAAUGACACCAAGAUAAAUCAUGUCAGAUCUUUCCCUACAUUUAAUGUGAUAUAGCAUCCAACAAAAUACAAGUGAAAAACAAAUAGUUAACAAAUGUUUUAGGGGGGAAAGAGAAAAAAGAAAAAAGUUACAGUAACCUGGUUGCCUAAGUAUGCACAUCCCUUAACUAAUUCUGUGUUAAAGCACCUUUUAAUCGUAAUACAGCACUCAGUCUUUUUGACUAAGAGUCUACUUGAUUUGCCAAAUUUUUUCCAUCCUUCCUUGUAAAAAUGCUCCAGAUCUAUUAAAUUGUGAGGGAAUCUCCUGUACACAGCCCUCUUCAAGUCAUUCCACAGGUUUUGAUAGGAUUUAAGUCUGGGCUCUGACUGGGCCAUUCCAAAACGUUGAUUUUUUUUCUUUUGAAGCCAUUCCUUUAUUGACUUGUGUUUGUGCUUUGGGGUGUUAUCAUGCUGGAAAGUGAAGUUUUUCUUUAUCUUCAGCUGUCUAACAGAGGCUUGCGGUUUUUGUGCUAAAAUAGAUUUGUAUUUGGAGUUCCUGAUUCUCUCUUGACUAGAGCUUCUUGACUAGAGCCCCAGUCCCAGUUGAAGAGAAGCAUCCCUAUAGCAUGAUGCUGCCACCACCGUGCUUCACUGUGGGAUAAACGGAACGAGGGUGAGACGCACUGAGCACCACGAUGGACUCCAUGGACGAGAGUGAGCAGGAAAAGCUUAUCAUGUUCAUCACCUUGCCGCUGUCCUCCAUUAUCAUCCUCACCAACCUGCUCAUCAUCGUGGGUAUCGCCUGCAACAGACAGCUCCAUGACACGCCCAACUACUUCUUCCUGAGCCUGCUGGUGGCAGAUCUCUGCACGGGCCUCGCUCUGCCCUUCAUCCCUCGCAUGGGUCUCAAUCGAUCGCUGCACUUUCGGUCCUGUCUGCUUGUACACAUCUUCCCCAAUUUCCUCUUCCUGUCCUUCCUCUUCAACCUGGUCAUGGUGCACUAUGAGCGGUAUCUGUGUAUCGUCCAUCCACUGCAUUACAGCCAGUUUUGGGUGCACCGCUGCUUCCCGGCUGCACUUUUAGCUGUAUGGAUUCCUCCUCUCCUCUAUGCUAGUUUACCCGCCUUUGGAUGGAACAACUGGACAAAGAAACAACUUAACCUCAGCUUGGAUGCUAAUACAACCCAUGCUAAUGUGUGUGACUACAAACAGAUUUUUCCCAAACCUUUCAUCUACUUGGAAGUCUAUGGGCUACUCCUGCCUGCCAUCCUCUCCAUCCUGGCUAUGACAGGCCGAGUUCUCUGGAUUGCUCGAAAGCAACUGCGAGACAUUUGUAAGCUUAAUCGCUCUGUGGAGUGCAGCGAGGCCUCAGAACAUAAACAUCGCCUCAAUCUGCGCUACGCAAAGUGUGUCGCUGCUGUCUCACUCACCUUCCUGGUCUGCUGGGUGCCGUAUAUCGUCUAUCUGCAUGUUUCCGUUAUGUUGCUUCAAGAAGGCGCAAAGAGACACUCACCCCUCAACAUCAUCCUCUCAUGCACGGGAAUCGGCAGCAUGGCCAUCAUACCCAUUAUACUCAGUCUCGCCAACAGGCAGUACACAGAGCCAGCGCGCAAUCUGCUGAUGAAAAUCAGGACUCGUUGCACUAGAAUACAAGACUUAAGAGAUCCUCCCUGAAAACUUUACAGUUCUUUUUUUUAACAGCAGUAGCACAAGUGUCUUCUUUUAUGAGUGUGUAGCAGGAGGCAGAUCUCAGCAGUGAGAACAAUGUAGCUGAAUCAAUUUCUUUGCUGAUUCAUACUGUUUUAUUUCCUUGUCAGGUUGUUAAGUAGUUAGCGACUUAAGAAAGUAACUUUCUAACUUUCUGCUGCAUUCCAGUUCUGUUUUCAAAGUUCCCUUGUUGAAAACUUUUAGUUUCCCCAAUGGUUUCCAGUCACAGUGUGUGAUUUGGGUUUAAAGAUUUGCAAAAGACCAAUCAUUUUUUAUUUAAUUACAGAGCGAGCAUAUAUAUAUAUAUAUAUAUAUAUAUAUAUAUAUAUAUAUAAUAUAUAUAUGGCCCGAUUCUCCCUAAAGUAUCAACAAAUUCUGCCUGAUGUGCAGGAUCAUUACAGACUGCAGCCAAUAUCACAGAAGUGUAUUAAGGUCUAUUAAAUUCCACUUAAACUGCUGCAUAUUAGCACAUGGUUGCCAUUACAAACACAUGUAACAGUGAAACAUUCACUAAUCACCUGAUAAAACACCAGGACCUUGAACACUCUAUGAACACUAAAUAUCAUCAUUAACCAUUACACAGCAUUACACAAACAAGGAAUUGGUGUUAACAGCUAAUCUAAAUUUACUUUUAGUCUCUGGAUGAAAAUAAAUAAUAGUUUUAGUCAUAUUCUAGUUAUUUGGCUUUUCUUAGUUGCAGUGUAGAUUUAGUUGACGAAAGUACACAGCAAUUUUAGUCAGCUAAAACAGAACAGUUUUUCUCCUUUUUCAUCAAAUUUCGCCUAUAUUUUCAUUUAUAGUUCCUAAAAAACAAAUGCAAUAAUGUUCCAUUCUUUUAUUUCCUUCUUAAAUGGAACAUCAGAUCUUUUUACUGAUGCACAUUGCCUUACGAGCUGACUAAAGCUUUCUUUCACAUGUGUUAGCUAAAUGAAUGUUCUGAAGUGGCUAAAACUCAGCUACAAUGAUGCAACAACUCAGUCACUGGAAAGAAACACAUUUAAUAACAUUACUCUAGCGAUUUGUUAUGCUGCAUAUAUUUAAUACAAUUAAAUUAUUGACAAUUGUCAUCCGUUCUAGCUAGCUAGCCGUAUAUUAGACUAACAAGACAGACACUAUGAAGUUUUUCCCCAUAUGCAAUAAAUGAAAAGCAAUAGCAGAAAAAUAAGGUCAAUGUUACCAACAAUCACAGAGCCUUCACUUUAUCAUCACAGAUGGAGACAGGAGUGCAGUGCAUGAGACCACUUACUAUGUCUUACUACUUCUUAAUCUUAAUUAAUUCCCUUGGAAGUGUGCAAAGAUGAUGGAUAAGAAAUCACCUCUGUCCAAUCAACCAUUUUGUCUCAUUUUUAUUCACUGAGAAUAAAAAUAGCUUUACAAUUCAUCACAUUUUUUAAAUAUAAAGGUUAAUUAUUGUUUCAUUAUAGCUAAAGAGGCAUUAACAAAACUUUUCAUUUGAGUUUUUAUCAUGAAAAUGUACCCUGCCAGGAAACAGUAGAAACCUGAUAUAGCUUGCAUGAUUUUUUUUUUCUGGGAUUAGUUCUUCCAUGGCCAUUUCACUGCAAGAUUUCAUAAUGUCAAGAUGAAGAUACCAUGUUGAUAGCUUAGUGUUAAUAGGCUUUGUGAAAUGAUUAUAUAAAACCGAACUCUGUCUACAAAUCUCAUACUGUUUGCUUUGUCUUAAAUUGUUCUGGAGUUACGAUGGAUUUAUAAAGUCUAUAAACUCAGUCUUUUUGAGUAAGAGUCUAUCAGCGUGGCACAUUUUGACUUGGCAAUAUUUUCCCACACCAUCUUGAAAAAACACCUAGAUCCAUCAAAUUGUAAGGGCAUCUCCUGUGCACAGCCCGCUUCAGGUCACCCCACAGAUUUUUAGUUGGAUUCAGCUCUGCGCUCUGGCUAGGUCAUUCAAAAACAUUGAUCUUCAUUUGGUUAAGCCAUUUCUUUGUUGAUUUGGAUGUAUGCUUUGGGUCAUUUUCGUGCUGAAAGGUGAAAUUUCUUUUCAUCUUCAGCUUACUAGCAGACACCUGAAAGUUUUACACUAAAAUCGACAGGUAUUUGUAGCUAUUCAUGAUUCCCUCCACCUUGAUAAAAGCCCAAGUUUUGGCUGAAAAAAGUAGCCCUAAUGCAUGAUGCUGCCACCACCAUGCUUCACCUUAGGUAUGAUGUUCUUUUGGUGAUGUGCUUUAGUUGGUGAUUUAGUUGAACUUAGAUGUUUUUUGUGAGAAAGGGCUUCUAUCUAGCCACCAUACCCCCAUAGCCCAGACAUGUGAAGAAUAUGAGAGAUUGUUGUCACAUGCAGAGAGUAAUCAGUACUUGUCAGAUAUCCCUGCAGCUCCUUUAAUGUUUCCGUACGUCUCUUGACAGCCUCCCUGGUAAGUUUUUGUCUUGUCCUUUUAUAAAUUUUGGAGGGACGUCCUGUUCUUGCUAAGGUCACUGUGGUUCUCCAUUUUCUCCACUUGUUGAUGAUGGCCUUCACAGUGUACCAUGGUACAUAUAGUGUUUUGGAAAUUUUAUGUACCCCUCUCCUGAUUGAUACCUUUCGACACUGACAGCCUGUACAUGCUUUGUAAGCUCUUGGGGACCAUGACUUCAGCAGUCAGAUGAAACCAAAAAGGUGGGAAGAAAAUCCUACAGAAACAGCUGGUCUUUAUUUGGGGUUAAUCAGAAUAAUUUCAUUUAUGACAGCUGUAUGAUAAUUACUUUUGAACAUGAGAGUGAAUGUGAUUGGUUCAUUCUGAAUACAGUCACAUCCCCAAUUAUUCAAAUGGUGUGCACACUUACAGUAUGCAACCAGGUUAUUGUAACUUUUAAAAAAAAAAAUUUUUCCUAUGUUCCCUAAAAUGUUUCUGACUGUUUUUCACUUAAUUUUGAUACAUUAUAAAUUUCACAUUGAGGGUGGAAAGAAUUCUGACAUGAUUUAUCUUUGUUUCAUUUUUUCAUCACAAAAACUUCCCAUUUUAUGAGGGGUGUGUAGACUUUUUAUAUCCAAUGUAUGUAUUUAAUUCAAGCAAUAACACCUUAUGCUUUCCCUCAACAAGAACAUUUACAUUUACAUUUAUGGCAUUUGGCAGACGCCCUCAUCCAUAGCGACUUACAAUUAUCUCAUUUAUACAAGUGAGCAGUUGAGGGUUAAGGGCCUUGCUCAAGGGCCCAGCAGUGGCAGCUUGGUGGUGCUGGGAUUUGAACUCUCAACCUUCCAAUCAGAAGGCUAAAGUCUUAACCACUGAGAACACACUCUGCCUCCCAUAAUGCAGUCCCAAUGAGAAGUGUAAUUGGACGAAAUUGUGUUUGAAUAACUGACAAAAACAAAAGCAGUCCUGGAAAAUGGAAGAAACCUCUGGAACCAACUGGUCCAAUAAAAUCACAGCUGAUGUGCUAUACUAUAUUGAUCAGAUGGUUGGUUGUGUCAGUUCCAUACUCAUCUGGAUUUACAAGUAUUUUUAAAGUGCAUACAUGUGGGUCAAAUAGAGGAAGAAGCAUUAUCUUUUAAAUGAUCUAAUACAAAUGUGAAAUCAUUAGACCUUAACCACCACCCACAGGAAGUCUCCAGACAGUCAGAGCAUGCUUCUAGAUCUAAUCUUGGCAGAUGCGUGGGAGGUCAAAACUGCAACUGCACUACGUAUAUUGCCAAAAGCCCACACCCACAUGUGCUUGUUGAGCAUCCCAUUCCAGAUGUAGUCCCCCUUUGCUGUUAUAAUAACCUCCACUCUUUGGAGUGUAGCUGUGGGUAUUUGUGAUCAUUCAGCCAUAAGAGCAUUAGUGAGGUCAGGCACUGAUGUCGGGUGAGGAGGCCUGGAGUGCAGUCAGCGUUCUAGUUCAUCCCAAAGGUAUUCAUGGGGUUGAGGUCAGGGCUUUGUGCAGGACUCUCGAGUUCUUCCACUCCAACCUUGGCAAACUAUGUCUUCAUGGCCUCACUUUGUGCACAGGGGCAUUGUCAUGCUGGAACAGGUUUGGGCCUCUUAGUUCCAGUAAAGGGAAAUUGUAAUGCUACAGCAUACAAAGACAUUCUAUACAAUUGUGUGCUUCCAACUUUGGGGAAGAACCACAUAUGGGUGUGAUGGUCAGGUGGCCACAUACUUUUGGCCAUAUAGUGGAACAGACACUUGAGUUAUCUUUCUCUGGUAAAAGUUAUCUAUCUCUGUUAAACCCAUAUUUUCCACUGAAAUUCAACUUUCAUUCCAUGGGAGGCGGAGCCAAGGUGGCCAGGUAAUACUAAUCUGUGCUGAGGAAAAUAAUAUUUAUAGUUGUCCAAGAUGGCCACCCCAUAAAUAUUACAGUAAUCAGCUACAGUACACUGUGAAGUUUUGUUAAUGUUUACAGAAGAUAGUAAGUCACACUGUGUCUAAAACCAUUAGCAAGAAAUCAGUGAAGAUUGGAUGUGGUUUGAGGAAGAUAUUUAUAUUUUUAAAAAAUUGGAUGAGAGAGAUGUCUAUACUUUUUAGCAAUUUCUGCCUUCAGACACCAAACAUUUCUUGGCCACUAUUUCGAGUUUUGUUUAAAGAAGUUAGUAGGGAGUAAAUGAGAUAUACUUGUGUCUUUGUCAACAGGCUAUGCAAAAUGUGUUUGUUUUUUUUUUUUGGUUGUUCAUCUGUCUUGUCAGUAAAAUGAUCUCUUCUUGUCAAAAUAAGUGGUUCUUGACCAUGUUCGUAACCAAACCAUACCAGACUUCCAAGCAACAGGGGAAGUUUGGCUUGUGAGACUACCUUCUGGCGGCCCCAGUGUUUCUGUCACUACCAUGGAACAUUAAGCACUGCCUUUGGCUACAUGAAACCCAGUACAUAUGAUUUCACUGUGCAUUGACUAAACAGUCAUGACACAUCAAGGAAACAUUUAGUUACCCACCUGUCAGAUGUGUGAGAGAUGGGGUGAGUAAUGUGAGAUGGUGGUGGGAAAUUGUGUGCUCCAGAUGCUGUGCAUUAGAUAUAUGCAACUUCCUCUAAUCAUGAGAGCAGCUUUUCUCAGAAACACUGCUGACGCAUCUGCAUACGUUACUACAUUUCUAUCCAAAUACAGAGUGAUAGAUCAUACAAAUCUUGUCUAGUUUGUGAACCAGAUGAAAAGAAAGGAACAGAAAAGGAAGAGAGAUGAGACCUUCAAUAUAAACAAACUGUCCUGAGACAAAUGUUUGUGCCUUAAUGGUUUGUGCUUUUCAAAAGCAUUAGUAUGCCAAUGACCAAAUACAGCUCUUCUGUGUCUUCUAUUAAACUUUCAAAUUUCUACUUUUUGAGCUCUUCAGUUUUCAAACAUAAACAUAUUGCAAACUUUGCCUUCCUUGGUCUGAUCGAACACAGGAAGAUCAAACAGAUUUAGUAAGGAAUUUGGACUGAUAAGAUAAAGCGAGACUAAAUCAUGAGCUUUUAGUCAUAAUGUUUACACCUGGAUUUUGGGACAUCUCAGAGAGUGACUAGUGGGAGAGCAUGAAACGAGAAUAUAAUGCAGACUAUUCAUCCAGCUACUACACACUCCCACACAUUCUGAUCCACACACACACACACACACACACAUUCCCACAGCAUUUCUCAACAGCUGUCAUUCCUUUUCUGGGCCCAUGUUACACAAAAUCAAACUGUUCAAUCAAGCAAUAUGACGAAACUUUACAAAAAUAACAAUUACUUAUAAACAGUUUAUACUUUAGAAGACUCAUAGGUCCAAGACUCAUGGGUUCAAAAUAAUAUGUGGCAAUUCGUGUGUGUAAUGGAAUACAUUUCAUGAGCAAAUAGUGCACAUGUUGUGAGUAACUUACAAACACAUUGCAUUAAAUACAUCAGAGGAGGAAACAAUAAGAAGAUAAAUUUGUAUAAGAUUUCUGAAUGUUCAGUGUGAAAUGUUUCGGGUAGCUGCAGCAAGCUCAGAUAUGAAACAGACUCCAAGAGGGAGAAAUUUCAACUCAAGUAUAACAAACUAAACUGAGUGAUAUGCGGAGAAAAACAAAAUACAAAAAUACUGUAGCACCACUGUGCCUCAGUAAAGCAGACAUUAAUUUGCAUACUCAUGAGCCCCAGUAGCUUCUGGUUAAUAUGAUGUUUAAUGUUUGUGUUUUGAUAGCUUAAGUAUGCGUUUGUGUGUUUGUUCCUUCCUUUAAUAGGUUCUGCGACAAACCAACAAUUCCGUGUUUUGUGCUGUAAAUGGGUUUGCCAAUAAAAGUGAAAGUGCAUUAUUUUAACAAUGCUUCGUGUUCAAGCGUCUUCCUCACUGACGCCACCAUAUAAAUUAAUGAACAUGUGAGUGGCCAUGUUUAAAUGGCUGGUAAAUA